AUGCUGGGCAGAGCCCUGAGGGGCUGGGGGAAGAGCCCGGCUCCGCUGUCUGGGGGCAAGCAGCCCCAGGAAAAGCAGCAGCCAGGGGAGGCGAGUGAGGCGCGGGAACUGGCCCGCAGCGCCGGUGGCUUCGUGCUGGGUUUGGUGCUGGCCAGCCUGUACGGGGUUGUGGUUCUGCUGGCCCAGGGCCACAAUGUCUGGUACUGCCUGCUCACCACCAGCAGCCUGGGCACUGCACUGGGGCUGGGCAUGGCCUUCUCCACCAAGCUGCGGGUCACCGUGCUGCUCUCGCUGCCCCACAUCUUCACCAGGGAGGGGAAGAUGCUGAUGUUGCUGCUGGCGCUGGGCAUGGCUGUGCAGGGGCCCUGCUCCAACAUCGUGCAGAACUUCUCCCGUGCUGCCGAAUCGCUGUCGUGUGGGGCCGAGCUCACCCUCAACCAGACAGUUGAGCGGCUGCAGCGCGCCCAGGAACCACUGCUGAAAAUGCUGGCCAAAAUCAAGGACAUCUCCCAAAAAGCCAAGGUGGUGGGUGACCAUGCCCGCAGGGUCUACCGUUCCCUCAUAGACUGUGUCAGCUACGUCGCCCGAACCCUGCGCAACGUCUGGCGGUGGCUGGCGAGCAUGAGCAAGGUCUGCAACAAGGAGCUGGGCUCGCCGUACAACAACUGCAUCCGCCUCUUCGAUGAGGCCAAGGACAAGUGCGAUCGCACCAUCCCCUUCCUCUCCUUCCUCUGCUACGUCAUCGUUGCCUUCAGGCCCCUCUGCAAUUUGGCCAGGAUUAUCCUCUUAUUCUGCGUCAUCCCUGGCUACAUCCAGUCCUUCCUGAAGAGGAAAGUUUCAGAACCCAUCAAGAACACUCUGGACCGCAUCCGCCGGGAGUUUGAGUUCAACAUCUCGGCCGUGCACCACUUCAACGUCAGCCUCAGCGCCAGCAAGAGCCUGGGGCAGGUGGCCUCGGACAUCAUGCAGGGCGUGCGCCUGCGCCUGGAGCCCACCCGCCGCCUCCUGGGGCUCUUCCUUCACUUCUCCUUCUGCGCCAUCCUCUACCUCUACCUCCAGGCGAUGCGGUACCGUUACCGGUACCUGCGGGACGACACCUUCGACAACAUGUACAUCACCCGGCGCUUCAUGGAGCUGGACCUGCGGUGUGCGCAGGAGGGCAGAGCCACCGUCCUGCCCCUGACGAGGAGGGAGUGCCGCCGCUACAUCUCCCCAGUCGGGAUCUGGCUGUCGCAGAAGGAGUGGGAGCGGUACGGGCUGCAGCUGGUGGCCGUCCUGCGCCACGUGCUGCUGGGGGUCAGCGUCAUCCUGGCCGACUACAGCCUCUUCUGGCUACUUGACCUGAUCCGGCACCUGAUGCAGGGGGAGGUCGUCGCCAGGGCACCAGUGGUGUUGGGCAUCAGCAUCAACGGGUCAGGCUACACCAGCAAGAUCUUCAAGGACGUGGUGUCUGCCUUCGACGUGCUGCAGCAGGGCAACAUCACCGUGCUCUCGGACCGCUGCCUCGUCCACCCCGUGGAGCCUGACUACGGCACCUACAUCAACAUGGGACUCCUUUACGGUGCCUGCCUCUUCACUGCCAUCUUCGGCAGCUACGUGGCUCGCCUGCGCCGGGUGGUGUGUGCCACCUACUACCCGUCCCGCGAGCAGGAGCGCAUGACCUUCCUCCACAGCACCAUCCUGGCACGACGGGCAGGCCUGGCACGUGCCCUCUACCAGGCUACCAAACGACAAGCGGCCGAUGCCAGGCAAGGUGACCUGCUCCUCUACCUCAGCAGCUGGGUGCCCGGCUUUGCCCAGCUGGCUCGGCUCCUGGGCAUCCAGCAGAAACGCUGCCUGGCUUGCAAGAUGGCACAGCAGCCGGACUUUAUCAAGUGUGUAACGUCCAACUGCAAAGGGCUGUAUUGCAGCAAGUGCUACAAAACCCUGAACAAGGUCUGCUCCAUCUGCAUGAGUCCCCUGAGCUACUGGGACACUGGGGACGAGGAGAUGGACUCCAGCGACGAGGAGACGGUGGGGCUGUGGGUUGGUGCCGUGCGGGCGCUGCGGGGCCAGGAGCGAGGGCGGCUGUUGUGGCAGCGAGGGCGGGAGCUGGCGAUGGGCCGGGGGGGGGGCCGGCGGCUGCCCCCUGAGUUGGCAGCCCGGCUGCGUGCCCAGCUGAAGGAGGAGGCCAGCGGGGAGAGCGAUGGGGCCAGCAGCGGGGUGGACAGCGAGGACAGCUCACUCUCCAGCCUGGACUUCAGCUACCAGGAGAAGGCUGAGAGCAGCGGGAGCGAGCUGGAGGAGGUGGUGGCCCUGCGGCUGCCCAGCGGCAAGGGCAGGGCCCGGUGA